AUGGUCAAAAUCACCGGCUUCACCACGCGGGACGUGAGGUUCCCAACCUCCCUCGACAAGACUGGCUCCGAUGCCAUGAACGCAGCUGGUGACUACUCCUCCGCCUACUGUAUUCUGAACACAGAUUCCGAGCACACCGGCCACGGCAUGACGUUUACCAUCGGCCGCGGUAACGAGAUCGUCUGUGCCGCUAUCUCUUUGGUGACCCCUCUCGUCGUGGGUAAGGAUCUCGACGAGCUCACUGCUGACUGGGGUAAGACCUGGCGCUACCUCGUCUCCGACAGUCAGCUCCGCUGGAUCGGUCCCGAGAAGGGCGUCAUUCACCUUGCUCUUGGCGCCGUUGUCAAUGCCCUCUGGGAUCUUCGGGCUAAGACGCUAGGCAAGCCGGUGUGGCGUAUUGUUGCUGACAUGAGCCCCGAGGAGUUCGUGCGCUGCAUUGACUUCCGUUAUAUCACUGAUGCUAUCACUCCCGAAGAGGCUAUUGAAUUGCUCAAGGAGGUUGAGGGUGGUAAGCAGCAGCGUAUCAAGGAGGCCGAAGCUAGCCAGGCUGUUCCUGCCUAUACUACUAGUGCUGGGUGGUUGGGAUAUGGUGAAGAUAAGCUGAAGAGGUUGUUGAAGGAGAGUGUCGAGCAGGGAUAUAAGCAUUUCAAGUUGAAGGUUGGCGGGAACCUGGAGGACGAUAAGAAUCGGUUGAGGAUUGCUCGCGAGGCUAUUGGAUAUGACAAGGGCAAUAUCCUGAUGGUGGACGCGAACCAGGUCUGGUCCGUCCCUGAGGCUAUCACCUGGAUGCAAGAGCUUGCCCAGUUCAAGCCCUGGUUCAUUGAGGAGCCUACCUCCCCCGAUGACAUCCUUGGUCAUGCCGCUAUCAAGAAGGCCCUUGAGAACACACCUCACGGUACCAUUGGGGUUGCCACUGGCGAGAUGUGCCAGAACCGCGUCGUCUUCAAGCAGCUGCUUCAAGCCGGUGCUCUGACCGUGCUUCAGGCCGAUGCAUGCCGUGUUGGUGGCGUGAACGAGGUCCUGGCCAUUCUGCUUUUGGCUCGCAAGUUCGGUGUCCCCAUCGUGCCCCACUCUGGUGGUGUUGGUCUGCCCGAAUACACUCAGCACUUGAGCACAAUCGACUAUGUUGUUGUCAGUGGGAAGAAGAGUGUCUUGGAGUACGUGGACCAUCUGCACGAGCACUUCGUUCACCCGUCUAGUGUCAAGGAUGGAUACUAUGUCACCCCUAUGGAGCCUGGCUAUAGUGUUGAGAUGAAGGCCGAGAGCAUGGAUGCCUUCGCGUUCCCCGGUGAGAAAGGCAAGAGCUGGUGGCAGUCCGAAGAGGCGAAGAGCAUUAUCGAUGGCCCUCGGGUGAUUUAA